CACUAUGUUAUAAACAAAAGAGGCUUUUUCAAAAUCUCCAUAUUCAUUCCUUUCCCUCUUCAAACCUCAAUCCUUUGCCUCUCUCCCAUCACUCCAAAAACUGCUAAAAUGGGCAAGUUUAUGGGCAUUUUCGCCUGCCUCUUGAUCGUCUGCCUCGACAUGGUAGGUGGGAUUCUUGGCAUCAAAGCUGAAGCUGCUCAAAACCAGGAGAAGCAUUUGAGGCUGUGGAUAUUUGAGUGCAAAGAGCCAAGCCAUGAUGCAUAUGUUUUAGGGUUAGCAGCAGCAACUCUUCUUGGAAUAGCUCAUGUUUUGGCUAAUUUGCUUGGUGGAUGCAGUGUUUGCACUCAAGAAGAGAUUGAGAAAGCCUCUCCCACUAAGAAGUUGUCCAUUGCAUGCCUUGUUUUCACUUGGAUCAUCCUAGCCGGGGGGCUCUCGAUGCUCGUAAUCGGGAUCAUAUCAAACCACAAAUCGAGGGCGUCGUGCGGCUUCACACACCACCAUUUCUUGUGGAUUGGAGGCAUACUAUGCAUGGUUCAUGCUCUCUUUGCAGUUGCAUACUAUGUCACAGCCACUUCCACACUUGAUUGAUUAUCUAUACAUUUUUUACUUUUUUAUUUUUUCUUUGUAGGUCCCAUGUAAGUAAUGUCUCCUCUGUCCUUUCCAAUCUCCUUUUUUCUAACUUUACCAGCUAAUUUUGUUACUCGAUUUUCUUCUCGAUGAAGGUUUUGAACUUCGUGCUUGACUUUGAGUGGGAUUCGUUUCUUUUACUACUAAAUAUCUGCAAAAAUUUUGGCUA